UUUUCCCCCCCUCAGCCAAAGUGAUACUGUUGACUGUUAAAAGAAAGCUCAAGAUGAGACAGUAAACUGUAAAAGUGGGAAUCUUUUUGGUCUCAGCCCUGUGCAUGUUCUUCGUUCUCUUUGGACCCUUCAACUCCAAUCUGAUUCCCUGUGACCAAACAUGGUAGCAUAGUCUUCCCACCUUCCUCCUCACCUUCAUCCCUUCCGUCAACUCCCCGGAAUCCCAGAGUUCCUCCGUCUCCUUCUGCCUCAUGGAUCUUAGAGACUCAUCUCCCAAGUUCCACCAGGCGCUGGGCCUCCCGCACCCGCACAAAAGUGAACCCACCACAGCCUCUGCCGCACCGGAAAGCAGAGACCUUGCGCCUUCCACAGGGUCACAGGCGGUGGCGGCGGAGAAAGAUGAGCCAAGGAAGCAGCUUGCGCCCAAGAGGAGCUCCAACAAGGACAGGCACACCAAAGUUGAAGGCAGAGGGAGGAGGAUCCGGAUGCCCGCGCUCUGCGCCGCCAGGAUCUUUCAGCUCACCAGAGAAUUAGGCCACAAGUCCGAUGGGGAGACCAUCCAGUGGCUCCUUCAGCAGGCGGAGCCCUCGAUCAUCGCCGCCACCGGCACCGGCACCAUCCCCGCCUCAGCCCUUGCCUCCGCCGCCGCAGCUGGCUCCCUGUCCCGCCCCGGCGCCACCGUCUCCGCCGGUCUCCAUCCCAAGCUCGACGAGCUGAGUCAGGGGGCGGGGCCCGCUGUGCGGCCUAAUUGGGCCAUGCUGGGGGCUGCGAACUUUGGCCGGCCCCUCCCGGGCUUUCUGCUGCCGCCUGGCGUGCUUGAUUCCGGAUUCCUGCACUCUGGGUCGGCAGCCGCAUCGAGCUCGAGUCUUGCAACUGCAGGCGGUGUCGAUGGGUCGAUGGGCAGCUUCAUGCAGAGAAUGGGGAUGCACGGGCUGGACUUGCCCGGUGCCAACAUGGGUCCGAUGAGCUUCGCAUCGAUGCUGGCCGCACAUGGGCAGCAGCUGCCGGGGCUGGAGCUUGGGCUCUCACAGGAUGGGCAUGUUGGAGUGCUGAAUCCACAAACGUUGAACCAAUUUUAUCCGCAGAUUGGGUAUGGCAGGGCUGCAGCAGGUUCUGGUGGGAGUGGACAGUUGCAUGACCAGGAGCAGCAGCAGCAACAACAAGAACGAGUCUUCUCAGCAGAGGAUGAUUCAGAUGAGUCGGAGUAGUGUCGGAGAACUCUCAAAUGAAAAUUUGGAGGAUAGCUAGAUGGAAUUUACCAUCUUCAGCUGGAGAGAAUAGCAAAGCUUGUUUCCAUUACGUCGUUUGGUUUGUUUCUUUGGUGUGUGAUUCCGAUUUGUAACAUGAAGAGAGUUGCCAAGAGGAUUCAAGUCAUUGAGGAACUUGAUGAUGGGUGGUUGGUUCUGCCUGCUCCCUUCUCUGCAACCUCCAUUGUGGUUUCCCAAUUCUGGUAUUCCUCCCUCUCUUUUUUUCAUUCGAGCGAGUUACAUGAUCAGAAUGGGACAGGAACAAUGUGGCAAUGGAUGUGGAGCAUGGAGUCCUAUCUUUGCAGAGGUGGAUAUGCUGCGAUGAAACUUCAUGUCAUUUUUAUGUUGAGGUGUGUUAUUAAGAUUUUAGCUGUAUCUGAUGAUUUAUCCUUUUAGGAACCUGAUUUGUGAUUGCCUUGUUCUAUAAGAAAUAAAUAUCAACAUUAUUACA